GUAACAGAACAGAUGUUAUCAGAAUGGCAAUACAGUAAAAAAGACAUGUAAGUUGUUGUAAAUACCUAAAACUAACAAAUGUUCAGUGCUGUACCUGAUUUUGAUUCCUCUAGUUAUUUCUUAGUGUAAUAGGUAUUUCUUAAUAAAUAAACGAAAAAAUGAAUUGGAAAAUUAUAUUUUUGUUGCCGUGUUUUACCGUUUUAGUGAACGCUGGUGCAUGUAAUAAACCAUCUAGGACAUAUUCCCCAGAACAGACAGGCGAGUCCAGCCAAAUGGAUGAUAAUACGGGCGAGUAUAGCAGAUUGGAAAAUAAUACCGAAGCACUGCAACCAUACGAAUCAAUUGAAGAAUGGCUAGCAAACUUACCACUACAGACCAUUACAGUUGAUGAAUGCCAUACUUUGGCAUUUACACCUAAGCAAAAUCAAAUAGACCACGCAAAGCCCGGAUUAAUUAAUAGUAGAUGUCCAUCUAAUAUUGUGGACGUUCUUCUUGGGACAAGUGUACAAAGCAAAAGGCCUCCUGAAUUAGCUGAAUCUCUAGCUCAAAAUCGCUCAAAUAUUUUAACAAGCUAUACAUUUAGACGUAUUCCAAAUGUACCAGCAUUACUCGCGGCCAGUGCUGAAAACCCAUCAUUGCCUGGCCCAGGAAUUCUUUUCAUUUUCAAUCAACUCAAAGAUCUACCGGAAAAUGUGGAUACUGAUUAAAAUCGACGAGGCAGAAUAUAAACCAAAAAUUA